CUUCAUAAGCAAGCAGAGACAAAGUGAGACAGUUCCUGUCCCGAUGCGAACAGCUGAUCCACAUUCCUCCUUUAUCGAUCGACGGAAUAACAAAGGAGAGACGUAGCGCCGGAGAAGGGGAGACGAAGUCAUCGCCUCGCCGCCGUCCGUCACGAUGCGCUCCCUGUUGAUCCUCCUCGCGCCGCUGCUGAUCAUCCUCCUACCCUGCACCACCACUGCGGCUUCCUCGGGAGACGCCUCGGCGCUCCUCGCCUUCAAGUCCGCCGCCGACCCCGGGAACUGCCUGGCCUUUCUCCCAUUGGCAGAAAAUGCCUCCGAAACCCACUGCAGAUGGCCUGGAGUCUCCUGCUCCGCCGCAGGCCGCGUCGUCCGCCUUGUCCUCGAGGGCGCUGGCAUCACCGGGUUCUUUCCGGGAGGUACUCUCGACCGCCUCGACCAGCUCCGGGUUCUUAGUCUCAAGAAUAACUCCCUUGCUGGCCCCAUUCCGGACCUCUCGCCGCUGAGAAACCUCAAGGCAGUGUUCCUCGGCCGCAACCGCUUCGGAGGCCGGUUCCCGGCCUCGAUCCUCUCCCUCCGCCGCCUUCGCACCAUUGAUCUAUCCUACAACCAUCUCAGCGGACCUGUCCCGCCGGAGCUUGCGGCGUUCGACAGGCUGAGAGCCCUCCGGCUCGAGUUCAAUCGCUUCGAUGGCACCAUUCCCGCACUGAAUCAGUCCUCCCUUAAAAAUCUCGAUUUCUCCUUCAAUAACUUCACCGGACCGAUCCCCUCCACCGCCGUCUUGUCCUCCUUUGACGCCUCCGCGUUCGCCGCCAAUCCUGGGCUCUGCGGCGGGAUCGUCAAGAGGGAGUGCAACGACUCUCAUAUUCUUUUCUUCCGCAGUGGCAAUGGCUCUCACAACGGGCCAGCACCUGUGAGCGCCGUUUUAGGGCUAAAUCAAGGGAUCCAUCUCCCCGGCGCGGCCGCGUCGUCGUCGCCGCAGAAGACACACAAGAAGCCCAUCGUCAUCAUGAUAGGGUUGCUGGCCUGCUCCAUGCUUGCAAUCGGGAUCCUCGGAGUGCUGUUGUCGGUGCAGAGGCGGAGGAAGAGAAUGAGGCAAGGUGAGAUCCUGAGCCCAGUGAACCGCAGUAGCAAUGGCGUCUUACAGGCAGCUAAGCCCGAAGUGGAGCCACUGGAGAGCUACAAUGAGGAAAUUGAAAGCGGAAACAACGAGCUGGUCUCGGUGGCGGCGCAGGCGAUGUCGGAGGAGAAGGUGAAGAAGCUGGCCAAGAGUGGAUGCUUGGUGUUCUGCGCCGGUGAGACGCAGGUGUACGCGCUGGAGCAGCUGAUGAAGUCGUCGGCCGAGAUGCUUGGGAGGGGGAAGUUAGGAACGACGUACAGGGCAGUGUUACAGAACAAUCUUAUUGUGACAGUGAAGAGGCUGGACGCGACAAAACUCGCGGCGACAGGGAAGGAGGCGUUCGAGAGGCACAUGGACGUGGUGGGGAAGCUGCGCCACCCUAAAUUGGUGUCAUUGAGGGCUUACUUCCAAGCUAAGGAAGAGAGACUGCUGGUGUACGACUACCAACCCAAUGGAAGCCUUCAGGCCUUGAUUCAUGGCUCAAGAUCGACAAGGCCAAAGCCUCUUCACUGGACCUCAUGUCUAAAAAUAGCAGAAGAUGUUGCACAAGGCCUUGCCUACAUCCACCAAGCUUCUCGUCUAGUUCAUGGCAACAUUAGAUCUUCCAACAUCCUUCUUGGUUCUGAUUUUGAGGGUUGUCUCACCGACAACUGCCUAUCAUUCCUCAUGGAGCCAUCUGACAUCGAAGACGACUCCUCAGGGUAUCAAGCACCAGAAGCCCGACGGAUGAAUGGGCCUUUAACUCAAAAAUCCGACAUAUACUCAUUCGGUGUGGUACUACUGGAACUCCUCACAGGGGAAUCCCCAUCUCAACAUCCAGCCACAAUGCCAGCCUGUUUACCUUCUUGGGUUCGAUCAACACGAGAAGACAGCGGAGAAGAUGAGCAAUUAACGAUGAUCGCCCACAUCGCUGCAGCUUGCUUACAACCUUCUCCAGACAGUAGGCCAACCACAUGGCAGGUCCUGAAAAUGAUUCAGGAAGUGAAGGAGGCCGACACAGGGGACAACGACAGCGAUUCAGCCUCACUUUCCUAAAUCUUUCUGGGUUUGUUAUGAAGAAAACCAGCUUGGGUAGUCUACAGAUGGAACAUCAAACCCCAAAUCAAAAGGUUUAUGUGGUAAGAUUUCUUUAGCACUUGUAGCUGCUUUGCUGCUGCAUCAUGGAAUUCUAAGUCCAUUGCUCAUGUACUUUUGUAGCUGUUUACUUGUAAGAGUGAUUUAGUUUGUUGUUUAUUUGAAUACUAGUUUGCUAAAAUAUCUUUUACUUGU